AUGUCUGCACCAAUGCGCAAAGAGCACCAAGCAGAUCCAAGACUGGCAUAUCAUCUGAGCUUGUUGAAACUUGACAGCUCCAAUGAGCAGAAAGAAAAAGCCUCUCUUGCCCCCAUUUUCACAGGGUUUGUCCUGAGACAGCCCGAACUAGCUCCACCGCAGUAUGGUCUGCUUGGAGGGGUCAGAAGUAUCGAGACGUCCAGUUAUGCAAGCGCGGAGAACGAAAUCAUUAAAAAGGACCCGAGGCUGUUUUUCAACGUUUCCUCGCCAUCCAGCACUUUUAUUUGCGGCUCUCAGGGCUCUGGAAAAAGUCAUACUCUAUCUUGCAUACUAGAAGGGUGCUUAAUCCUUUCUAAAGCGGGCAGACUUCUAAACCCCCUGACAGCUGUUGUUUUCCACUACGAUACUUUCAUCUGCGACAAUGGUGGUUCGCCCUGUGAGGCCGCAUUCCUCGCAUCCCACUCGAACAUCAAAGUGAGGGUGCUUUGUGCUCCGACCAACCUUCUCACUAUACAGAAAACCUAUUCGAGAUUCAACAUCAAGGUUGAGCCUUUGCAGAUAGACCAAGCUAAUCUGAACAUUAAACGUAUGCUGGAUCUUAUGGCAGUUGGUCAAGGCUCGGGGCCCGUUCCUCUGUACGUGUAUACCGUCCAGAGGAUUCUGCGGGAAAUGCGCCUUUUACAACAAAAGGCAGGAUCCCAAUUUGACUACAAGGACUUCAAGAAAAGAAUCCUUAGUUCUGGCCUUCUUCCAGGUCAGAUCGAGCCUCUGAAGCAACGAUUAGAUACGCUUGAGAGUUUCAUGCCCCCGCAGCAGGCAGCCCUGAACAAGAAAGGAAAUGGAAAGCAGGCGAAUCCUCAAGGAGCAGGCUCUAACUGGACACCGAAGGCCUCACAAUUGACAAUUGUCGACCUCUCCUGUCCGUGUAUCUCUCCUGAUAUCGCUUGCUCACUUUUCAACGUUUGCUUUAGUAUUUUCAUGGAGCAGGAUACCAAGAUUGGCAGAAUAGUGGCCCUUGACGAGGCUCAUAAGUACAUGAAAGAUUCGGUCGAAGCUCGAAACUUUACAGAUACCCUUCUCUCCACUGUUCGCUUACAGCGUCACCUCGGGGCCCGUAUCUUGAUUUCUACCCAAGAGCCAACGAUUUCAAGCGACCUUCUCAGUCUGUGCUCGGUCACUAUUGUCCAUAGAUUUUCGUCCCCUGCGUGGAUACGCGCACUACAGGGCCACGUGGCUGGAGCCGCUUUGGAUGUACAGUCGAAUCAAGAGACGUCGGCCUAUGACGAUGACCACCCGAAAAACGCUGAGAUUGCUAGAAAGUUCUUAUUGUUUCAUAGAAUCGUUCAUCUCCGGGUGGGCGAGGCUUUACUCUUUUCACCGAGUGCCGUUUCUUGUACUGCUUCAGGAGGCUCGCAGGAGCUCAGGAAUCUGGGCUCGGGGUACAUGGUAAUCAAGGUUAGAGACAGACUGACGGAAGACGGUGGGAAAAGCGUUUUAUCUUCUUGA